ACGCCGCACUCGCUGUUUCUAGUCUCUCGUCUUCGUCUUCCUCUUCACCAAAUGGCGGCUCUACAUGCGCACCCGCGCCCGCUCAGAACCCUAACCCCAACCCUAACGCCCAGGAGAUUCGGCCCUCCGCGGCGGCCGAGAACCGUCCGCUGCAACGCCUCCGCGGAGCCGCCGAGGAGGAGCUACAGCGUCACCCUCCUCCCCGGCGACGGCAUCGGGCCCGAGGUCGUCUCCGUCGCGAAGGACGUCCUCUCCCUCGCCGGGUCCCAUGAAGGGAUCGAGUUCCGGUUCAGUGAAAUGCCGAUCGGAGGCGCUGCACUCGACUUGACCGGAGUUCCGUUGCCGGAGGAGACGCUCGCGGCCGCCAAGGAGUCGGAUGCGGUUCUCUUGGGAGCCAUUGGAGGGUAUAAGUGGGAUAGCAAUGAGAAGCACCUGAAGCCUGAAACUGGGCUGCUUCAGCUUCGGGCGGGGCUCGGUGUGUUUGCAAACUUGAGGCCGGCCACGGUGUUGCCGCAACUAAUUGAUGCAUCAACUUUGAAGAAAGAGGUAGCUGAAGGAGUCGACCUUAUGGUUGUAAGAGAGCUUACUGGAGGAAUCUAUUUUGGAAAACCUAGAGGAUUUGGAACCAAUCAUGAGGGUGAGGAAAUUGGUUUUAACACGGAAGUCUAUUCCGUUUCUGAGAUUGAUCGUAUUGCACGUGUGGCAUUUGAGGUUGCUCGAAAGCGACGGGGCAAAGUGUGUUCUGUUGAUAAAGCAAAUGUAUUGGAGGCAUCCAUGCUUUGGCGAAAACGGGUGACAUAUGUUGGUUUAGAAUUUCCUGAUGUUCAACUCUCACACAUGUACGUGGACAACGCAGCGAUGCAACUUAUUCGAAAUCCCAAGCAGUUUGACACAAUUGUGACGAACAACAUCUUUGGUGACAUACUCUCUGAUGAAGCAUCCAUGCUCACCGGCAGCAUAGGCAUGCUCCCUUCUGCAAGUAUUAGUGAAUCUGGACCUGGCCUUUUUGAACCUAUUCAUGGCUCAGCUCCUGACAUUGCUGGACAGGACAAAGCUAACCCAUUAGCAACAGUGCUAAGUGCCGCGAUGCUAUUGAGGUAUGGGUUUGGCGAAGAGAAUGCUGCAAAGAGAAUUGAGACUGCAGUUAUAGAAACACUCAAUAGAGGCUUCAGAACUGGUGAUAUACAUUCCUAUGGAACGACAUUGGUGGGAUGUAAGAGGAUGGGGGAAGAGGUAUUGAGAUCGGUAGAUUCCGAGAAACUGGUUUCUGCAGCACAUUGAUAUCACCACAUCAACCAUAAAGGGAGAUAAAACCAUAUCGGAAAAAGGAUACAUUUUGGAGGAACUUCAUGAUUGUUAUUUCUCAGUUAUUUGUGAUGGAUGGAUACUAGUGGUUAGAUGAGUUAAUCAUCAUCGUAUUUUUGUGUUUAGCAUUACAAUCUUGUAACUUGCUGCAGUGUUAUCGGACUUGAUAUUAGCUCUAGGUAAUAAAAUUAUGUGUGUGAUUCUAUGGAAAUCCUGUGUAGAAGUUGCCGAGGUAGGCAUACUAACUAAACUAAUGAAAAAUUGUUAUUCACAAAA